AUGACGACGAUGGUAUCUACACUGCACGACGUUUACAAGGAACCCGAGUUGCGUGUUGGUGAUGGAAGACCGCUCGUUUGGCGGUUGCUGAUGAACACGCCGCGUUUAUCUGUCACAGUGCUGGAGAACGGUAACCUCAUCAUGGACUACACACCUGUCAGCGAUUGGGUCCGUGCUCGGAGGGUGUCGCUGUGUUCCCUGUACAUGUCUGCUGUGGCGAGUGUUGAUGCGUUCAAGGCCGCUCGGCGUCGGGAACUUCAGCAGAGCGCAGUGUACUUGCGGGAGAACAUCUUCACCGACCAUAGGGAGAACAGCGAGUUGCUCGUCCCCGGUGCGGUGCUUGCUGCUGGUGCAUUCCUCGUGGGGACGAUCGUGAGCAACGGUCGGAACUGGCGUGGUGCCCGCAGCAAUGGCCCUGCGGUACAGCACCUUUUGGGAGGACUGACGACGAGUUUCCCCUCGAAAGUGGUCACUCCCUUGGUGCUUGCCAGCGUGGUGCUCUCCCAGUGGGUGCCGACGACGUGGCGCAACUUUGUUGCUGUGCUGCAGCGGGAUGUCCUCCCCCAGGAGUUCACUGCACAGUGGGACUCUUUGUACCGGAGAGUAUACGUUGAGGGAGUUCUUCAAAGGAGCGGCCAGUUGCGCAGCCUGCUGCAGGAGACACUCCCAGAACUCUGUGGCCGCUACAGACGGUUACUUCUCGAGCGUGCGGGGAUGCUGUAA